AACCGAGCGGCGGGCCACAUUUCACCACCAUGGUGGUGUUCAAUGGGUUACUCAAAAUUAAGAUCUGCGAGGCGCUGGACCUGAAGCCCACGGCCUGGUCCCUCCGACACGCCGUCGGCGUGAAGACGCAGACGUUCCUGCUGGACACGUACAUAGCGCUGAACGUGGACGACUCCCGGGUGGGCCAGACGUCCACCAAGCAGAAAAACAACAGCCCGGCGUGGAACGACGAGUUCACCACGGAGGUGCGCGACGGCAGGAGGAUCGAGCUGUCCGUGUUCCACGACGCGCCCAUCGGAUACGACGACUUCGUGGCCAACUGCAUCAUCCAGUUCGAGGACAUACUGCACAAUGGCAGUAAACACUUCGAAGACUGGAUUGACUUGGAGCCAGAAGGAAAGGUGUAUGUGGUUAUUGACCUAUCAGGUUCCUCCAGUGAAGCACCGGGCUCCAGUGAAAAUGAGGAGCGCGUGUUUCGGGAACGAAUGCGUCCCAGGAAGCGUCAAGGAGCGGUGCGCAGGAGAGUCCAUCAGGUCAACGGGCACAAAUUUAUGGCUACCUACCUCCGACAACCCACCUACUGCUCUCACUGUAGAGACUUCAUCUGGGGGGUGAUAGGAAAACAGGGGUACCAAUGUCAAGUGUGCACCUGCGUUGUUCAUAAACGCUGCCAUGAACUAAUCAUCACCAAAUGUGCAGGAAUGAAGAAACAAGAGGACACAGUAGAAGAGCCAGUCGGGUCCCAAAGAUUUAGCGUCAACAUGCCCCAUAAGUUCAGCAUCCACAACUUCAAGGUCCUCACCUUCUGUGACCACUGUGGGUCCCUGCUCUGGGGCCUGCUGAGACAGGGCCUUCAAUGUAAAGUGUGUAAAGUGAAUGUGCACAGGCGCUGUGAGAGCAAUGUGGCUCCGAACUGUGGUGUAGAUGCCAGGGGUAUUGCUAAAGUACUUUCUGACUUGGGGGUUACACCAGACAAAAUCUUUAGCAGUGCUCAGAGACGAAAAAAGCUUCAACAAGGCCAAGACCCACAGCAACCACUGACGGGGACCCCUCAGACAGAGGACGACCGCUCAAAGUCUGCCCCCACCUCCCCGUGUGACCAGGAUAUGAAGGAGAUGGAGAACAUCAGGAAGGCUUUAUCGUUUGACCACCGCGGAGAGGAACACAAGCCACACCCACUUACCUCCCCCAGCUCAGUUGCCACGGUAACUGGGGACGGAGGUGGCAGUGGUGGAGUCGGAAUCGGAAUAGAAGCCGAGGGCAGCAAGGAGAACGGAGAUGUCAAAGGUCAUGGCACGCCAGAGACCAAAAGGAUUAAUCUUGCCGACUUUGUUUUUAUCAAAGUUCUGGGCAAAGGCAGCUUUGGAAAGGUGAUGCUAGCAGAGCUCAAGGGAACUGAUGAAGUUUACGCUGUCAAGGUGCUGAAGAAAGAUGUGAUCCUCCAGGAUGACGACGUCGACUGCACCAUGACUGAGAAACGGAUUCUGGCCCUGGCCAGGAAACACCCCUACCUGACACAGCUCUUCUGCUGCUUCCAGACCAAAGAUCGGUUGUUCUUUGUGAUGGAGUACGUGAAUGGAGGUGACCUGAUGUUUCAGAUUCAAAGGUCGAGGAAGUUUGACGAGGCGCGGUCUCGUUUCUAUGCUGCUGAGGUCACAUCAGCGCUGAUGUUUCUGCACCGGCAUGGAGUCAUAUACAGAGACCUGAAGCUUGACAAUAUCUUGUUGGACGCUGAAGGCCAUUGCAAGCUUGCAGACUUUGGUAUGUGCAAGGAAGGCAUCCUUAAUGGAGUCACCACCACCACCUUCUGUGGAACACCUGACUAUAUAGCACCCGAGAUUCUCCAGGAGCUGGACUAUGGCCCCUCAGUGGACUGGUGGGCUCUGGGAGUGCUAAUGUACGAGAUGAUGGCGGGCCAGCCGCCAUUUGAGGCCGACAACGAAGACGAUCUGUUUGAGUCAAUCCUCCAUGAUGACGUCCUAUAUCCUGUCUGGCUCAGCAAGGAGGCCGUGUCUAUUCUCAAAGCGUUCAUGACUAAGAGUCCUACCAAGCGUCUGGGCUGUGUGGUCAUCCAGGGUCUGGAAGAGGCCAUUAAACUCCAUCCAUUCUUUCGGGAGAUCGACUGGACCCUGCUGGAGCAGAGGAAAAUAAGACCGCCAUUCAAACCACGAAUAAAAACCAAAAGGGACGUGAACAACUUCGAUCAGGAUUUCACACGGGAGGAACCGGUCCUGACAGCAGUGGACGACAACAUCAUCAAGCAGAUAAACCAAGAUGAGUUCAAAGGCUUCUCCUACUUCGGAGAGGAGACUGUAGCGUAGAAGACACGUACACACUCAAACACACACACACACACACGAGUUCUCACAUGCUCAUGAGCAGAUACACACAUACAUAUGCACAAAACCCAUGCAUGUGCCCGUACACACACAUAUGCUCAUAUGCACGCACUCAGAGAAAACAAACACACAUUCCUCGGUGCACAGCUUCAUCCUCUGUGCCGACGCGCCUCAAACACACACACACAUCCAUAUACGCAGUCAGUUUCAUUCAUUCACACUCACACACACACACACAUGCACACAAAACUGAGCUCACAGAUGUAGUAUCCAGUGAAACAAUGUUCAAUAAUAAAACGGUCCUCUUGAAUGAGUCCUCCUGAACUUGAUCGAUUCAGGACCAUCAAUAACUCUCAUCCUCCUACCCGUGCUCCCGUCUUGUUUGUCCAUUUGUUCAUGUCCUCUCAAAGUGUAUGUUCAAGGAUCAUGGAAAUGCUGACAAAAUACUCUUAAGAGACACUUUAGCACCCCGAAUACAUGGUCUGAGGUCCAUUGGAUCAGUCCAGAACUACAUCUGAUCCAGUCCGUACGGCCGACCAAACCAAACUCUGAGUGUGAUGUGGAGGGUACUGUUACAUGACACCAACCACCACCAGCCCAACCACCGUAUUGUGGAGAGAGGUGUGUUCUGCUUGUGUAUAGAAAAGGAAGAUAGGAGGACAGUGUAAUGGGCUGUGUCUGUGUGGGUGUGGGUGGGUGCACAUGUACAAGUUGUGAACGCUCAUGGACAAAAGCGCUUAGAGCAGAACUGUCAUUUCUGUACAUGGGCUGUGUCCUUUAUGUCUUUUUCUGCAUUUAAGAAUGUUUUUCUUCCAUAACCAUAUAUGUGAAUGCAACACUUUCAUUUAUCCAAUGAUUGUAUUAAAAGGAAAAAAAAUGUCUCGAAAAGGUAUUCGAUGCAGUAUUGAGUGCUUUGGCUUGUGAGAAAGAUAAUUAACAGAAAUCAGAAAGGCCCGGGUUCACCAGUUGAGAGCAAGCUGAAGCCAACAUUUUGGUUUCAAUCUUUACCAGUGUUGAAGGAUGCGUUCAAGA